GUGCUACCCAAUUCCGCCUCUCCAUGUUUGAAUACACACAUCUCUCUCUCUCUCUCUCACAUCUCUCUCUCUCCCCCUCUCUCUCUCUUUCGAUUCGAGUUCUUCUUCUUCGUCUGGAUUUAUCGUCUUAAUUUUCGUAGAUAAGUUUUCUGGAUUUUCGUGGAUCUGAUACUGUGAGCCUUACCGGUCCUUCGUACGUUCCCGUAUCCUGGAUUGAUUCAUAUGACGGUGUCUCCGUCUUCUUAAGCUCAUAUUAUUUUGAUUGUAGGCAUUGUGCUAAGCUUAUGAUGAUUUGUUAGACACACGAAAGAAACCGGCUUUGUGGCAUUCUAUAUUGCUUCGCUUGCUAAGUAUGAAGCGUGAUAUGAAAGCUCCGAAUACUCCAGAAGAGAAUCUCCAGGGCAUCCAGAAAGGGAAACACGGGAGGACAUGUGGCCCUGCAAGACGAUCCACCAAAGGACAAUGGACAGCCGAAGAGGAUGAAGUCUUGUGCAAAGCUGUUGAGCGUUUUCAAGGCAAGAACUGGAAGAAGAUAGCUGAAUGUUUUAGGGAUCGGACUGAUGUCCAGUGUCUUCAUAGAUGGCAAAAGGUCUUGAACCCAGAGCUUGUGAAAGGGCCGUGGUCAAAAGAGGAGGAUACGACAAUCAUUGCUCUGGUAGAAAAAUAUGGGCCAAAGAAAUGGUCUACUAUUUCUCAGCAUUUACCUGGGCGCAUAGGAAAGCAAUGUAGGGAAAGGUGGCACAACCAUCUUAACCCUGGCAUUAAUAAAAAUGCAUGGACCCAGGAAGAGGAACUGACUCUUAUUCGUGCACAUCAAAUUUAUGGGAAUAAAUGGGCAGAGCUAAUGAAAUUUUUGCCAGGAAGGUCAGAUAAUUCAAUAAAAAAUCACUGGAACAGCUCAGUUAAGAAGAAGUUAGAUUCCUAUUAUGCAUCAGGUCUUUUAGAUCAGUUUCAAAGCUUGCCACUCAUUGCCCUUCAGAACAAAACUAUCGCUUCGUCUUCGUCGUGGAUGCACAGCAGUGGUGAUGAAGGCAAUUUCAGGCCAGGGACUGAUGCUGAAGAAUCAGAGUGCAGCCAAGCUUCAACUGUUUUCAGUUGUUCACAGUCGAACAAUGAUUUACUAGAUGAGGUUAAACCUGCAAAUGAAGAAUUCUACAUUCCUGAAUUGCCUUCAAGAACAGAGCAGCAAAUCUCACACUCUGCGUCUCGCGCAGAAUCGUACUACCCUUCCCUUGAAGAUGUCAGAAUUGUUGUCCCCGAAAGUUCUUGUGAAGCAGAAUCCUCAAAGAAGUUUCAGAAUCAUAACUGUUCUCACGAGGUUGGAACUACUACAGCUACAGAGAAUCAAUUGCAGGGUGUAUCUAAGAAUACUAAACAGGACGUCGAUCUAGACUCUCCUCAGUUGUUGACCCAUAACAUGGACGUAGAUGAAGAAAGUGAAGCACCCCAAGCUUUCGAAAGUUCAGUCAGAUUAAGUGAUCAACCUUCUUUACCAAACUCGGAAACAGUUAUUCAUCAACAACCUCAAACUUUGAUCACGGACGCGGAGUGCUGUAGGGUUCUUUUCCCAAAUACCGUGAAAGAUAGCGGUACGUCUUCUGGUGAGCAAGGUCAGAAUAUGGCUGACCCUCAAAAAGGCAGAGGAUCUCUUUGUUCCCGGUCUGCAGAAACCCAUGCUCAUGAAACUGAAGACAUUCCAGCUUUAUCCUGGCAUCCUUCAAAUUCUGAGGGUCUGGCUGGUCGUAGUUGUGUUCCUUUGUUAUACUCAGCUAUGAAGGACUCGCUUUUACACCGUAAUGAUUCUAAUGAUUCUAUUCAUGGUUGUCACCUUCUUGGAGCUUUAGAACGUAAAACUGAUGGACAAGUAACUUCCCGUGGCAAUGAUGAUAAUGAUGGUAUCCCAGAACAGCAGGAGCUGUCAUAUCUUCCAAAGGACUCGUUGAAGCUAAUACCCUUGAAUAGUUUUUCUUCUCCUUCUAGAGUGACCAAGAUUUAUUUCCCUAUUGAUGAUAAGCCAGCUGAAAAAGACAAAGGGUCUCUCUGUUAUGAACCUCCUCGUUAUCCAAGUGCAGAUAUUCCUUUCUUCAGCUGUGAUCUUGUACCAUCAAGUAGUGACUUACGGCAAGAGUACAGUCCCUUUGGUAUCCGCCAGUUGAUGAUUUCUUCGAUGAAUUGUACAACUCCAUUACGGUUAUGGGAUUCGCCGCGUCACGACGGGAGCCCUGAUGUCAUGCUUAAAGAUGCUUCCAAAAGUUAUACUGGGGCACCAUCCAUCUUAAAGAAGCGGCAGCAGGACUUGCUAUCACCUGUGCUUGAUAGAAGAAAUGAAAAAAGGCUUAAAAAAGCUGAGGCUUCCUCCUUGGCUAAAGAUUUCUCACGCUUAGAUGUUAUGCUUGAUGAUGACUGCAAGUCCUCUCUUCUGUCAGAAUUUCCUGACAAUAAAAAUAGAUGUGACUCCCCUUCCGAAGCCAGAGAUACUAAGGAUUCUGCUUCAGGUCGGUCAGAUCAAGAAAUGAGUCAUAUAGGUGAGAACCCAAAGGAAACCACUUCCAUGACAAAUGACAAAGGAUGUACUGACGGUGGAGCUUCAGCUAAUAUUGACCAAGAAACUUUUGGAAGUCUGGUUGAUCAUAGGGAUGUUGAGAUGCAACUGAGUUCUCCUGAUAACACUGGAGCUAGACCAGAGAGCAAAGUGAACAGAAGUGUGAAUGAUCCAUCAAACCAACACAAAACGUCAUUAGGUACGAUUCCAAGUGGAGGAAUCUCAUCAGAACCUCCAUGCAGUGCAGACUCUAUUCCUUUAUCAGCAAACGCAGGAAAUAAAACCAGCAUUGCAGAGAGUAGUGUUGACAUUGAAAACUUCAGCAUAUUUGAUGGAACUCCGUAUAAAAAACUACUUGAUACCCCAUCACCCUGGAAAUCCCCUUUACUCUUUGGUUCUUUCUUGCAAAGUCCAAAGUUGCCUCCAGAAAUUACAUUUGAGGAUAUUGGGUGCUUUAUGAGUCCGGGAGAGAGAAGUUAUGAUGCCAUAGGAUUGAUGAAGCACUUGAGUGAACACACAGCUACGGCAUAUGCAGAUGCUUUGGAAGUUUUGGGUAAUGACACACCUGAAUCGAUACUCAAGAAGAGACAGCUGAACAAAUCUAUUCAAGGGAAAGAAAAUCAGCUUUGGCCUCAGGAUCAGCUAGAAAACCGUUCCCAGGUGGAGCGUCGGGCCUUGGACUUCAGCGAUUGUGGGACACCAGGGAAAGCAAAUGUAUCCUCAGUUUCUCCAGGCGGCUACUCGAGCCCAUCAUCUUACCUGUUGAAGAGUUGCAGAUAGAGAAGGCUGCUUUUGUUCAUAAGAGCGUCCUCAAGGGACAUUUAUUCUCUCAGCCUUCAAUUUUUUUGAUCCCAUAUGUGUAUGUCUUAUUCAUAUCCCCUCUUUCUGUCUAAUGUUCUUUGUUAAAUGUGUAGAUCUUUUCAACUCUGGACAUGAUACAAUUGAUUAAAUAGCAAAAAUGUUAGUUCCCAAGAAAUUAACUUUUAAAUUAC